AUGAGUAAAAAUCGAAAAGAAUGGCGCCAUGGUGACCCAAUCAAAGUACCCGGCGCUCUCUCCGAUCAAAUUGAUCGAGAUAGAAGUGUUAAUAAUAAAACAAAUCGACUAAAACAGAAAAGAAAACGUUCUGAUGAGGACUUUGAAGAUGAUGAACAAGAGAGGGAACAGGUUAUUGAUGAUCGUUUAUCAGUUAAGAUUAUUCAACAAGCUAGGCAGCAGCAAGCAGAAAUGGUUGAUGAAUUAUUGAAUAUAAGUCAACAAUCCGAGCCAAAGGGUUCAGUUUUAAAACCAGAAAUCACAAAACGAUAUCGAUUAAACAGUGACAAUGAAGAAGAUGAACAAGAUGAAUUUGAUUUAGUAGCGGAAGAAGCGCGCUAUGAUUCCUCUGAGAUACCCAUUAAUGAAGAAGAUGAAAACAUACUAAAACAAUUCAUGUCAGUAAAUCCACAACAACGAAAGCUAUUAGCUGAUAUUAUUCAGGAAAAGUUAACAGAAAAGAAAACUGAAAUAGAAACACAGUUGACAGAUAAAGGAUCUUCUGUGAAAGAACUUGAUCCAAGAAUAACGAAUAUGUACGAACAAGUUGGUGAAAUUUUAUCACGUUACCGAAGUGGAAAAAUACCGAAAGCAUUUAAAAUUCUUCCAAAUUUAGCAAAUUGGGAACAAGUCUUGCUCAUAACAGAACCCGAAAAAUGGACAGCUGCUUCUGUUUAUCAGGCUACGCGACUAUUUGCUUCAAAUAUGAAUGCAAAAAUGGCACAACGAUUUUACAAUAUUAUUCUGUUACCCCGUAUUCGUGAUGACAUUGAGGAAUACAAAAAACUUAAUUUUCAUCUUUACAUGGCAUUAAGAAAAGCUCUAUUUAAAUCAAGCGCAUUUUUUAAAGGCAUUAUUCUACCAUUAUGCGAGUCUGGUACAUGUACAUUACGUGAAGCCGUUAUUGUUUCUAGUAUAAUGGGUAAAACGUCUGUUCCAAUGUUACAUUCAGCAGCAGCAUUAUUAAAAAUAGCCGAAAUGAAUUAUUCUGGUGCUAAUUCGAUAUUUAUUCGAACACUUAUUGAGAAACGUUAUGCUUUACCAUUCAGAGUUGUUGAUGCACUUGUUCAUCAUUUUAUUAAAUUUCGUACAGAUGAGCGUGAAUUGCCUGUUCUUUGGCAUCAAGCAUUAUUAUCGUUUGUUCAGUAUUACCGUCAAGAUAUAUCAACAGAACAAAAACAAGCUCUUCUUGAAUUGAUACGACAUCAUUGUCAUGUCAAAAUCGGUCCAGAAAUUCGAAAAUUGUUGACAGAAUGGAAGUGUCGGGAUGAAGAAGACCAACAAUAUGCUGCAAUGGAUGAUGAAGAUUAA